GCACUUGUAGCAUCUGUUGGAUAUGAGCUUUGAGGACGUGACCAUCGCCUUCUCCCAGGAGGAGUGGGGGCUCCUGGAUGCGGCGGAGAGGCUCCUGUACUGCGAGGUGAUGCUGGAGAUCUGUACACUCGUGGCCUCCGUGGGUUACUGGCACAAACCGGCGGACGAGGAGGCCCCUUGUGAGCAGAUCGCGUCUGCGGACCCGGAGCCGCAGGUCAGUGCGUCCGAGCCGGCGCCGGCCGCUGAGAAGACACAUUCCUGUGAGCAGUGUGUCUUAGUCCUGAAGGCGAUUUUCCACCUGACCGAGGUCCAGGCGGGGAACCCGGAGCAGAGAGCCUUCUUCAGUGACGCGUGCGCGAGGGGCUUCUGCUUCAGGGCCAACAUCCACCAGCAGCAGAGGGAAGCCCGCGCCCAGGAGCCCUGGACGGGGGGCGUGGACAGGGCCUCGCUCAUGACCAGUAACAGCUUCUAUGUGUCGGGGGCGCCGUUCGCCGCUGGGGAGGCGGAGGGGCACCAGCCCGCGCUGGGCACCGAGGAGCCGCACAGCGUCAUUGAGAGCUGGCAGCCCGUUCACAGUGGGACGGGGCCUCGCCAGUGGGGGGAGUGCGAGGAGGCCGCCUUCCACAGCCAGGACCUGCAGCAGCAGAGCGUCUACACCGGAGAAGGGCUGUUUGAGUGUAGCCAGUGCGGGAAGGCCUCCAUCCAGAUCUUUAACCUCAUGCUCCAGAGGAGCGUGCACGCGGGGGAGAGGCUGCCCUACGAGUGCGGGGUGUGUGGGAAGUGCUUCAGCUGCGAGUUUUUCCUCCUCCGACACCAGAGUGUGCACACGGAAGGGAAGCCCUACGAGUGCAGUGUCUGUGGGAAAUGCUUCAGCUGCAAGUACACCCUCAUCCAGCAUCAAAGAAUUCACUCUGAAGAGAAGCCGUACGAGUGCAGUUUCUGUAAGAAAUGCUUUAGCUACAAGUUUAACCUCAUGAGGCACGAGAAAAUCCAUACUGGUGAGAACCCGUAUGGCUGUAGCGAUUGUGGCAAGUCCUUCAGCCACAGCUCUGCCCUCAUCCGACACAAGAGAGUUCACACUGGAGAGAGGCCCUAUGAGUGUAGCGAUUGUGGGAAGACCUUCACAAACAGCUCUGCCCUCAUCCAGCACCAGAGGGUUCACACUGGAGAGAAGCCCUAUCAGUGCACCGAGUGUGGAAAGUGCUUCAGGCAGAGCUCCGCCCUCAUUUACCACCAGAAGGUUCACGCGGGGGAAAAGCCGUAUGAGUGUGGUGAUUGUGGCAAGUGCUUCCGGUACAAUUACAUACUCAUUCAGCACCGGAAGGUUCACACUGGAGAGAGGCGGUAUGAAUGCGGUGUUUGUGGGAAGCGCUUUAUCUACAACUUCAACCUCAUUAAACACCAAAGAAUUCACACUGGCGAGAAGCCGUACGUGUGCAGUGAUUGUGGGAAGGCCUUUAGACGAAGCUCUUCCCUCAUUCAGCACAAAAGUGUUCACAGCGAAGAAAGACCCUAUGAGUGCAAUGAGUGCGGGAAGUCUUUCACCCGGGCGUCCAACCUCCUUAGACACUGGCGAGUUCACACGGGGGAAAGGCCCUAUGAGUGUAGUGAUUGUGGGAAGUCCUUCAGCCACAGCUCCGCCCUCAUCCAGCACAAGAGGGUGCACACUGGAGAGAGACCUUACGAGUGUAACGAAUGCGGGAAAACUUUCACCCGCACGUCCAACCUCCUUAGACACUGGCGAGUUCACACUGGAGAGAGGCCCUAUGAGUGCGCUUAUUGUGACAAGUCCUUCAGCCACAGCUCCGCCCUCAUUCAGCACAAAAGGGUGCACACGGGAGAGAGGCCUUACGAGUGUAAUGAGUGUGGGAAGUCUUUCACCCGCACGUCCAACCUCCUUAGACACCGGAGGCUUCACACUGGGGAAAAGCCUUAAUGGUGCAGGGAAUGCUUUCUUUCCUCUCAGGCUCACUGCACUGGGGGAGACCCUUAG